AUGUAUAUCACUCUAGAUGAUGUGUCUUAUUUGUUGCAUUUGCCUAUGACAAGCAAGCUCAUUAAUGAUGUCCUUUCCACCUUUGACAGAGUCAUGAUGAAGAUUCUGUUGAUGACUCGCCUUGGCAUUCCAACUGAGGAAGAGACUAUAGAGGCAACAAUCGCAGGUGCCAGGGUGAAGUUGACGUGGCUGGCAGAGUUGCAUCAGUGGAACGUCGCGUUAGGGUCAUGCAUGUGGGCUGCCACGACUUAUCUUUUGCCCUUGGUCGAUAGUAUGAUACUUGCUGACAAGUCCUCAACUCACAUUCAUGUCGCUUACCUCCUCUACCUCAAUAACUUGGAUGCUUGCCAUGAUUACGCAUGGGGAGUGACUACACUGUCAUACCUAUACAACCUUCUCUCCUCUACGAGCCAAUAG